AUGGCGUCGCACACUUCACCUUCGUUCAAAACUGCCAGUGCGUUAUCGCCUGCGUCUGCAUCUCGAGAACCCAGACUUCAUCUCCCCUCCACCACUGAUCCACCGGGCCCGCAGAAUCCUCCGAAACCCCUCGUAUGGCUGAUAUUCGGAGCUACCGGUCAUAUGGGCCGUUCCCUUGUCAAGACGGCUUUAGUGCGCAAUGAUCUUGUAGCUGCCGUCGGCCGCACCUUCGAGAACAGCCCGGAGUCGAUGAAGAAGCUCGAAGAUGAAUAUGAAAACUGCAUCGGUCUACUUUGCGAUGUGCGAGCUCGCGAAACAGUAAAACGAGUCAUCGAUCGGACUAUCGAGCGGUUUGGUCGCAUCGACGUCAUCGCCAACUGCUCCGGGUACGGUGUGAUCGGAGCCUGCGAGGACCAGGAUGAGUAUGACAUCCGUAACCAAUUCGAGACCAAUUUCACUGGUACCCUGAACAUGAUACAGCUGUCGUUACCACAUUUUCGCGAGAGACGAGCUGGUCGUUACCUGAUCUUCAGUUCGACUUCGGGUGCGCUCGGAGUGCCCGGACUGGGUCCCUACUGUGCAUCCAAGUACGCAGUUGAGGGUUUAAUGGAAAGUAUGCUCUAUGAAGUGGACAGCUUCAACAUCAAGGGGACUCUCGUGGAGCCCGGACACAUGCGACGUGACGAUAUUGGGAACUUGUUGUCUGAUCCCGCCGCGCUGGCCACCGAUCACAACCUCGCAUCACCGCUGCCGCUAUACGGCCAUUUUUUCGUCAAACCUCCCAGUGAACCAUACAACACUACUACUGCACCUGCUGCUCAUGCGAAAAGGAUGUUGAUGUGGUUAGGCGACAAGCAGCCCGCGAGUGCUGUCAAAGCAGCGCAUCUGGUCUGGCAGCUUGGCCAUUGUUCUUACCCACCACUCCGGCUCAUUCUGGGAACCUACGCAGUUGAGAGUAUCCGAGACCGACUUAAAUGUAUUAUCGAAGAGAUCGAGGACUGGAAGUACCUCAGUUUUCCCACUGGGGACCAACAGGGCUCUUCGGCGGCUGCAAAAGACAAAGCCUCGACUGCGAACCGGGACGAUAAAGAGGGUGGCUCAGCAGCGGGAUGA